UGUGUGGGCAGCGAGCUCAGAUGUUCCAGCAUGAUUAACGGAGGAAACAGACAGCGGAGCAAGAGAGCCCGAUACUGAGGUACCUCGGCAGCCGAAGCCUAGUUAAUAACUAAUAUAUAAGAAGAAAAAGAUGUCAUUUCGUAAAGUAAACAUUGUCAUUCUGGUCCUGGCCGUUGUUCUCUUCUUACUGGUUUUGCAUCAUAACUUUCUUGGCCUGAGCAGUUUGCUGAGGAAUGAAGUUUCAGAUUCAAGAUUUCUGGGACUUGAGCCUAUAAACUUUGUCCCAAAUGCUCCCAGCCUUGCACUACUAGAUGGGAAACAAGAAGAGAUUCCUGUGGUUAUCGCUGCAUCUGAAGACAGGCUUGGGGGGGCUAUUGCAGCCAUAAACAGCAUUCAGCACAACACUCGCUCCAAUGUGAUUUUCUACAUUGUUACACUUAACAAUACUGCAGACCAUCUUCGGUCAUGGCUCAGUAGUGGUUCCCUGAAAAACAUCAGGUACAGAAUUGUGAAUUUUGACACUAAACUUUUGGAAGGGAAAGUGAAGGAGGAUCCUGACCAGGGGGAAUCCAUGAAACCAUUAACUUUUGCAAGGUUCUAUUUGCCAGUUCUGGUUCCCAAUGCAAAGAAGGCCAUAUACAUGGAUGAUGAUGUAAUUGUACAAGGUGAUAUUCUUGCCCUGUACCAUACACCUCUGAAGCCAGGACAUGCAGCUGCAUUUUCAGAAGACUGUGAUUCAGCCUCUACUAAAGUUGUCAUCCGUGGAGCAGGGAACCAGUACAAUUAUAUUGGCUAUCUUGACUACAAAAAGGAGAGAAUUCGUAAGCUUUCCAUGAAAGCCAGCACCUGUUCCUUUAAUCCUGGAGUUUUUGUUGCAAACUUGACAGAGUGGAAACGACAAAAUAUAACCAACCAGCUGGAAAAAUGGAUGCAACUCAAUGUAGAGGAAGGAUUAUAUAGCAGAACACUGGCUGGCAGCAUCACAACACCUCCUCUGCUUAUUGUAUUCUAUCAACAGCACUCCACCAUUGACCCCAUGUGGAAUGUCCGCCACCUUGGUUCCAGUGCUGGAAAAAGAUAUUCACCCCAGUUUGUAAAGGCUGCCAAGUUACUCCAUUGGAAUGGACACUUUAAGCCAUGGGGAAGAACUGCUUCAUACACUGAUAUUUGGGAAAAAUGGUAUAUUCCAGAUCCAACAGGCAAAUUCAGCCUAAUCCGAAGACAUACAGAGAUCUCAAACAUAAAGUAAAAAAAAAAUUUCACUGUAUUUCUCAGGAAAUCCUGGAAGACUGCAUGUGUGGAAAGUAACAACUGGUAGGCGUCAGUGCCUAUCUGUAGCAACCAAAGGAAAAAAACGUUUCGUCUGGGUAAAGAUGACGCUUUGUCCUGUCUGGUAGUCAGCAUUCAAGACAGACUAUAAAUAUGUCUCCAUCUGCCUCACCAAGUGUUUGCUUACUACAGUAUGAACUGACAAGACGGACUGAUACAACUGGUAUAACUAGCACAGCUAGUUCAAAACUGCUGCUGGAUUUUAAUUUUCUAAGCUAUGGCCUGAUGUAUAAAUAAAACCUACAUUUUCAGUAA